AUGUUAUACCCAGUCGCUAUGAGCGCUAUCGCAGUCUCAAUGGUGUUUCUUCCAAUGAUUCCCACCAACGUGGUCAUCAUUCGAUGGUUGGCCGUGAUCAACUUGCUCAUCCUUGUAGUUGGUGGAAAUGCUCAAUUGAGAGAGCUGCAAAUGACUACUACUGAGUUAUUAUUCCGGAAGAAAAUUGAACUAAGAAAGGGUUUUGACGCUUAA